UAAAAUCUAAAAGUUCUUCACACUUUGGACGCACUGUGUGUGUGCUUUCGAGGGGCGAUGGAAACAUUGGCCGGUUUGCUCGCUUUAUUGUUAAAAUAAGCGCGGUACCUUUUUUAUUCUCCCCCUUUUACCUCUCACUCUCUCCUUUUCGCUUCAUCUAUCUUCCAUUUCUUAUUCUUUUACCGCAUUCUGCUCCACUUUUCCCAUCCCCCCCUCUGUGUUUCUCUCUCUCUUUCUGUCUCCCCUCCAGCCCUCCCCUCUCCUUUUCCUUCAGUAUUCUGUCCUUCCUCAUCCUCUCUUUCACCAUCAUCUCUCUCUCCUCCAUUUGCUCCUCUCCUUGUCACUCCAACGUCUCUCUCUCUCCCUUAUCUCUCUCUCUUGUCUUCCUCCCCCCCCCCGCCCCCUAUACAACAUACUUGCAUGCAUCCAAGUCUGGACGGAACACGUUUUCAUACUCAUAAACCCUACUUGAUACAUGAAAGAGUGAAAGAUGCAGCGGCGCAGAGAGAGGAAGGGAGAUGCGUAGAGGAAACGCACGGGAAGGACAAACGGCAAUAGAUGGAGCUACGGGAAUAAAGACAGAGAGCCAGACUGGGAUUGGCAGAAAACAAAGACCAAGAAGGACAGACGGAGAUGGAAGGAAAGCAGGGAAAGUGAGGCGGGAUCCAUCACUUCAGAAUGAUGUGUUGAUUUGACGUUGUUGUGUGUGUGUGUGUGUCUUGUGACUUUGAGGUGACUUAGUCAGUUCAUCAUCAGAGUAUCGAGGAACCUUGUGCGAGGCAGUGGAUUUUUGUUUGUUUGUUUGUUCUGAUUUGUUGGAAUAAUGUUUGUCUGCGUCCAGCCUGUGUUUGUGACGGCGUGACCAGAGUCACUACCAAAGCGCUGUUGAAGAAGAGGGGUGGAGGCAGGCCACAUUAGCCCCGCCUCCCCCUCAUCCCUCACGUAUAAAGAAGGAAGGGAGGAACGUAGCCCGUUCUCACUCAACACACUGGCACUGGAGAAUGAGAUCCUUAAAGCACCUGAAACCUCACAGCAAGAGGAGCGUGGAGGAGGCGAGCCGGCGCCUGGGUAGAUGUGAGCCCAAGGUAAUGGCCAGGCUGGUGGACACAGGCACACAGACAGAUCCAGUAGUCGUGCUGUCCCUGGCCCAGGCUGCCGUGCUAGGUCUCAUCUCCCAGAAUGAAGUGUUCGGCGCUACCAUUGCACCCAACGGCUUCUACACCGGCGAACCCAAAGAGUCCCCCGCACCCCAAGUAGACGGAGUCGACUACGAGUACGCAGACCAGCUCAUCGGAGCCAACGGAGACUACCUCGGGGACAACUUGGGCGAGGACGGACAGAUGCAACCCAGCUGCAGUCAGAGGAGGUGGCAGCAGGGGCCCCCUCAGCACCCGGACACAAAAAUGGUCGGCCCCGACCGCCACGGCCUUCAGGGCGGCGACGUGUCCUCUUCCCAUGUGAAGGGGGAGGUGGUGAACUCUGGAAUGUCCUCCUGUGUCCACAUGCUUAACAAUUUGGCUCCCAGGGGUGGCUUAGUCCAAGUGGAUCCGGCCACUCUCAGGAGCGCCAGCAAGAACUGUGCAGAGUGCGAGCGGGAAGCCACCGGCCAGCCGCAGGCCACCGCGCACGUUCACCCCCCUCCCCCACAGGUCGGCCACCGAGGCGGGGAGCAGGGCCACCGCGGACUGCAAGGCCAGCGGCCCAUGGGGGGCCACGGCCGAGGUGGCAGGGAGGAGGACGAGGAGGUGGAACACCAGGGGAACAGCAUGAUGAAGCCCACGCAGCAGGAGGAAGCCAUCAGCAGCUACUUCCAGACCAGCGAAGUGGGCAGCUACGACUCGGCGGAAAUGGGCAUGGCGGGCGAGUACGAAGACGGCAGCCAGAACAUGAUGUGGACGGACGGGAGCGCGGCGGCGGCGGCGGCGGUGGCGGCGGCGCAGCACCAGCAGCCUCCGCACCCCCAGCCUCCCCGUCGCCACGGCGGCCGCAGGGUGGACCGACUGGACAUCAACAUCCAGAUCGACGAAUCGUACUGCGUGGACGUGGGCGACGGUCUGAAGCGCUGGAAGUGCCGCAUGUGCGACAAGUCGUACACCUCCAAGUACAACCUGGUCACGCACAUCCUGGGCCACAACGGCAUCAAGCCGCACGCCUGUCCCCACUGCGGGAAGCUCUUUAAGCAGCCCAGUCACCUCCAGACCCACCUGCUGACCCACCAAGGCACGCGACCCCACAAGUGCACCGUCUGCAAGAAGGGCUUCACCCAGACCAGCCACCUGAAGCGCCACAUGCUGCAGCACACCGACGUGAAGCCCUACAGCUGCCGCUUCUGCCGCCGCGGCUUCGCCUACCCCAGCGAGCUGCGGGCCCACGAGGUGAAGCACGAGCGCGGGCGCUGCCACGUGUGCUCGCAGUGCGGCAUGGAGUUCCCCACCUACGCGCACCUCAAGCGCCACCAGACCAGCCACCAGGGGCCGCACACCUUCCAGUGCACCGAGUGCAACAAGUCGUUCGCCUACCGCAGCCAGCUCCAGAACCACCUGCUGAAGCACCAGAGCCCGAGGCCUUACACCUGCUCCCAGUGCGGCCUGGAGUUUGUGCAGCUCCACCACCUGCGUCAGCACUCGCUCACUCACAAGGGAAUGAAAGGACACAAGUGUGACGUGUGUUCGCGGGAGUUCACCCUGUCGGCCAACCUGAAGAGGCACAUGCUCAUCCACAACAGCGUCAGGCCCUUCCAGUGCCACGUCUGCUUUAAGAGCUUCAUCCAGAAACAGACCCUCAAGACCCACAUGAUCGUCCACCUGCCCGUGAAGCCAUUCAAAUGCAAGGUAUGCGGCAAGUCUUUCAACAGAAUGUACAACCUGCUGGGCCACAUGCACCUCCACGCCGGCAGUAAGCCCUUCAAGUGUCCGUACUGCACCAGUAAGUUUAACCUGAAGGGGAACCUCAGCAGGCACAUGAAGGUCAAGCACGGAAUGGACGUCUCACCGGAAGGACAAGUUCUUCCAGAAAUGGAUGGCCAGGGGGAGUAUGAAGGACAGAGCUUCGGUUUUACCUCACAAGACAAUAUGGACAACGGUGGCUCCCAAAACCUCACCAAACUCACGACGGCAAACAUAGAGGACAUGGAGGAGUAUUACAAUUUCGGGAAGGAUACCAGCAGCUACACUACACCGUGAGCGCUGAUCAGCCAGAGGACAUGCUUUGGUUUUUUUUUUUUUUUUUUUUUUCAACAGAAGGAAAUUAUAGAGUUGUUAUCAAAGCUUUGGGAGACACCAGGGACGAGGUUUUCAUUUAGGUACGGCCUCCUUUCCAGAAGAAGCCGAACUGAGGGGCCUCUGGUGGGAGGUCAGGAAAGAAAGAAAGACGCACUUCAAAGGAGAGGAUUUGACUCUUGUUGCAGAGACGCGGGUCCGGAGCUCCUGUUUUUGGGGGAUCACCACGGCUCAGCGACUCAAAAGACUCACGCUGGCGUACGGUGGAAAUUGUCUCUGUGUGUAUGUGUCAGUUAUUUGAGGAAAAAAAACAAAAGAAAAGAAAAAAAGUUUCAGAGCCAUCAUUUGCUUUCAAUGUGAUAGAAAUCCGUUUUCCAUUUUGCCAUUUUUUGUCAUUCGCAACCAAUGUUUGACCUUUUAUAUUUUCGUCUGAAAGUGCCAGCUGGAUACAUUCGCAACGAAGCGUCCACCAUGUUGGCUAUUUACUCACCGUAUAUCGAACUUUUGAUACAUAGUCGCACCAUAUUCAUAGGUUUGAAUGCUCUUGCUAAACGGUUCCUCGUUGUAGUUUGUCCAUUCCCUCCCAGCCCUCAGUUUAAACCGGUCGCCCCUUUCCACGCGUGCAUGCUUUUUUUUUGCACCGGGCAUUGUAGCUUUCCUCUUACCCGGGAGCUUCCCACCCGAAGCGGCUACGGCCCCAACGUCAGCUGACACCCCGGAAUAGGACGUGAGAACACGUAAAGCCCCGUCACUGUGCAGGUGAUUGGAUUCUGCAACAGACCGUGUGCUUUGCCUACCGUUGUUUGACUCACAUGGUUCAGCUUAACGUUGAUAAUCUCUCCCGUGUAGUGAAUGCACCGCUCAAAGUUCUACCGAGUGAACAACCUCGAGCCCUUUUUCAGCCUGACCUGCAAAGACAGUCUUCAGUAGGUGGUGAACUCAUUUAUCGUAAGGAGAAAAGCUGGGGGAAAUAAGAUGGUAAAAUGUUCCAGACCCCCAUAACGGCAAUAUUAUUGUUAUUCAACACAAACAGACCUGCUUUCUUAAUACUUUUUUUUUGUAAACUGCAGUCCUCAGUACGGAUAUUUCAGUGUCAGUUUAAACGGGGAACUGAGGAACGAGCAGUUUGGGUUUUCUGUUGUUUGUAGUUUCAGCACUCUUUAAUCCCAGGCCGUUUUCACUUCACUUUCAAUUCACUUUAAUUCAGAAACGUAUUUCCCCACGCAAACGAAACACAGUGGGCAUCAAAUCCAGUCCGUAGAUUGGAGAUGAGAAAAACCUUCUUUGGGAGCUCCAGAUUGAAUUUUGUAUGACUUGAAUUGAAAGUGGACUGACACUACUUGUGUUUUUCAUCAUGUUGUUUUUGGGGAAGACGGUCCGCUCCCCCUGUCCUGCCAUGCAGGGCAGCCCUGAUAUGCACACUAAACCGGAGGUCUACUAGUUCUUCUUUUGAGAUGAGGAAUAUCAAACUGAGACCUCAUGGAAGUUUACCAUGAAUUAUUUAAUAAAGGUUCUCUAGUUUAA